AUGUCGUCGGCGCAGCCACAGCCGGAGGCGCGGUUCACAGAGGCGGCCGUGACAAACGCCGGCAUAGAGCUGGACGAGUCGCCGUGGGUGAAGGAGGUGCGGUGUCGGAUGGAGGCCGAUGCAGAGCAGCAGGGCGCUGUGGCCAAGGUCUUCGACGUGCCGCGGUUGCUACGGGCCACAAGGCCCGAGGCCUACACACCGCAGCACUUCGCCCUGGGACCCUACCACUACCAGCGGACCAAACUCAGAGACAUGGAGCGUUACAAGCUCGCGGCGGCCAAGCGCGCCGAGAAGCAAUUUGCCGGCAACCGCACGUUCGAAGAUCUCGUGGACAAGUUUGCUGUCAUGAAGGAUAUCAUCCGGGCCCCCUACCAUAGGUACCUCGAGCUGAGAGAGCCGACGCUGUCAUGGAUGAUGGCUAUCGACACGUGCUUCCUCCUCGACUUCCUUGAGAACUACCACGUGGAGUCGGCCACAGACUUUGUGUCCUCCUCUGCCAACUGGAUCAACGCCAUGGUGCGGGACGCCAUGAUGCUCGAGAACCAGAUCCCGCUGUUCCUCUUCGCCGAGGCGCUACAGCUCCGCCACAUCUCGGAUGAAGCCGAUGUCUGCGUUGUCUUGGACCGCUUCAUCACGGAGGUUAGCCCAAUCAAGACCAACACGCCGGCCUGUACCAGCGACAUCACCAAGCACGGGCACCUGCUGGAGCUCCUAUACCAUUUCCUCGUGCCCGAGUCCAUGAACGCAGUGGCGGCAGAGCAUCCAGUGCUGCUUGACACAGUGAUCACGUUGGUCAACAAGCACCGGGACGACAACAAGACCGUGAAAUCGCGCAAGUUGCUAAAGAGGUACGUGUUCAGAUCGUGGAGGCUGCUCGCCGCCGCCGUGCUGCUGCUCAUGAUGUCAGUGCAGACCUUCUGCACCGUCUACGACUGCAAGCGCUGGCUCGGCCAUGGAAUACCCCAGCUCAUGCCCGAAGGAGGGCAGUAG